AUGGCUGAUUUCCAGUCGACAAAGCACCAAAAACGCUCUCGGGGCAGUGAUGCCGCCGAAAAAGUAUUGCGACCCAGUGAUGACCGAAACAAACGGCGCCGAACCUCUGAAGCCAAUGACGCCCCUAUGAACCAGCUUGCAAUUUCGUCCAGUAGCAGUAUCAUGUCGCAAGAGACGGAAAAGCGGAAAGGCUCUGCACCAUGGUCAUUCUCGCGCCCAGUCGGUGGCCGCUACAGCAAUCUGGAUCCCAUUUUGACUGCGGAUGAAGCGUAUCUAUUCGUGGGACUCGAUACGUCCGUCCAAGUUUUCUCCACCUCAACGUCUCGUCUGUUGCGUACCCUCCAGAUGGAAGCCGGCCAAAAAGUGAUCGGGUUCAAAUUGUGCCCUGUUGACGGAAGCAUUCUAUACAUUUUCACCUCCGGUUUCGUGACCAAGUGGAACUGGGAAGAAGGCAAACGACACGGCCGCUGGGGGACACUUUCCUCGAAUGUCUCGGUUGAUUUACCCCCAGUUAAGAGCCCGGAGCAUUCUACGACUUAUGUCUCCAUUGGAAUCCAAAAGGAUGGAAAGCGAGAAAUCUCGAUCAAUGCCCUGAAUGAGAAAAAGCCUAUGGGCACCACUAUUCUUCGGACCAACGAAAACCUGAAUACCAUCAAGACCGCGCAUGAGGGACGAGUCAUCUUUUCUUGUGAUGGAACCCAUAUUUUCCUGGGCACCACAACCAAGUCUGAACUCGAAAUCCUGGAAUCUGCCCAGUAUGUUUGGAGAGAGGCCACGCUUCCGACUACCGCCAUCAGUCUUGACCUGCGGGAAAGCUUUUCUACAAAAGGCCCAGAGGCGGUUGAUCUGGUCGUUGGAGAAAGCGGAGGGUCUAUUGUGGUCUACCAAGACAUCUUGAAUUCCCUUUUUGGGCAUGCAGACAAGAAAGUCUCUCCCAGAAAGCUGCACUGGCAUCGAGGCCCUGUUAGUACGGUGCGAUGGUCCAUGGAUGGUAAUUACAUUAUCUCGGGUGGCCAGGAAUCGGUCUUGGUUCUGUGGCAGUUAGAUACUGGUAGGAAGCAGUUCCUUCCCCAUCUUUCCUCUCCUAUUUGCAAUGUUAUUGUUUCUCCAAGUGGCAAUUCCUACGUUGUGAAGCUGGCCGACAACUCGAUCAUGAUUAUGUCCGCGAGAGAAGUGCAGCCUUCCGCUAUGGUGACCGGACUGCAGCUAGCUUUGGAGAUUGGAGGCCACAAAGACCCUUCCUCGAGAAAGCCAUUUGGUGCUGUUGCGGCAUUGCACCCGCAGCACCCUGAGCGCCUUCUUGUCGCCGUGCCUGCUUCUCACUCCAACAAUCAAGGCUCUCAACGAUCAAAUGCUGCUGUGCUACAAACGUUUGACAUUCGUGCGAACAGUCACAUUUCUCGCCAAGCCUUAGCACGAACUAACACCACGACAUUGAAUGUCAGCCCUGAAGGGUCUCCGAUAGUUGCACCUGAUGUUCGGCUCAUGGAUAUCAUGCACGAUGGAAAGUGGUUAGCUACUGUUGACACUUGGACCCCGCAUCCUCGGGAUAUCGAAGCCGUUGCCUCUAGUGGCUCGGCAUCUUUGCGAUCGGAAUCUUUCCUCAAAUUUUGGAAGUGGAACGCUUCUUCUGAUAUGUGGGAGUUGGUGACAAGGAUUGACGCGCCUCAUUUCUCUGAAAACCGCUCAUCAACCGUUCUCGGCUUGGCGGCUCGUCCAUACUCUCAUGAAUUUGUGACACUUGGAAAUGAUUCUAUACUCCGCUUUUGGCACCAAACUACUAGACACCGCGGUGGCCUGAAAACAGACCCCGCGGAGCCACAUCUGGAUACCUGGAAGUGCCGGAGCUCCCUUGACUUGACGGGAUGCCUCGAUAAUGCAGAUGUGCAAUUACCGUCGGCUUCUGUCAGCUUCUCCGAAGAUGGCUCUGUUCUGGCUGUCUGCUUGCCAUCGAAUUCGGACUCCAAUGACGGUCUUGUUCUACUUAUUAACGCCCAAAAUUGCACAAUUCAUUAUCGACGAACGGGGGUUUUCUUUAAGAAACCCUGCUCGGUCCGAUUCCUUGGAAGAUAUUUGAUCGUUGCCGCCACGGGAUCCAUUUCAGUCUGGGAUACCGUUGAUGACGUCGUCAAGCCCAUACAGCUCUCUGAUUUCUUCACGACUGAUACAUGGAGCCCUCUCCUGGCGGUAAACCCUAGGACCCAGUCCUUUGCAAUCGCUACCCGAGGCACAGACAGUAGCUCAAACAACUCGCAUAAGAAACGUCGCAAACUCCGGUUCCACAUCAAGAUUUACGAUCUCCCUUCUCUGGAUUUAGUCUUCCAAGAGAACCUUGGAAGCUGCCCUGUUGGUCUCCUUUCCGAUGCAUACUCCGGCGACUACAUCGUCGUGGAUGCUACGGCCAGCGUUCAGCGACUUGGCUGCUUGGACAAGGCAUCCCAGAAGAGCCUGCAGCCUCACGAAGUGACCAGUCAUCUUAACUCGGGGCUGGCAAGUAUCUUCAGCCGCGGUCAAGAGACUAUCACUGCUCAGGUUAUCGACGAGGACAUCUCGGCUGGUCAAAGCAAGGGACUGGCCGGUGUGUUCGGUGAAACCCCUUCCUUCUCCUUGCCCUCUAUUAGUGUUCUUUUCAGGAACGUGGUUCAGACCCUCGGCUCCAGCUAG